AAUUCUCUUUGUCUUUCCUCCUGGGUAGUCCAUCUUGUAUGAUUUGCAGUGGUUCCAUCCUCGUCUUUGUGCGCCUGCUAGUCUUGGUAUGGUAUUCACAGACUCUGUGUCACCUUUUGCCUCUGUACCUCCAAUUGUCAGGAUAUUGGUGUUCUUUAGAUUGCAAGUGUUGGUCUGUUUGUUGUUUAUUCCCUGCAAUGUCAUCUAUAAAUCCUUUCUCCCGUGAGGAUUCAGCUAUUCACAAGUCUCUUCCUGAUGCCUUUGUCUACAUUCAGCUGUUUUUAGGGUGACUUCUUUUGAAAGUUCCUUCCAUUUCCAUCUGGCCUUUUUGCCUCCAAGGGUCUGUUCAGCCUCCAGUCAAACUGUAUUCCUUCCCUUUUAAAAUCUCCCAUCCCUGUACCAUUCUAGCGUCGGAUCCAUUUCUGCCUCUUGGCUUGCUCCUUUUUGCUGAUUUCUACAGCACAGAUAGGAAGGUUUUCCAAGGUGUUUAAGAAAUAAUCUUCUCAUGUGUCUGUGAAAUGGGACCAGUCAGCUUUAUGGAUGUUCCACCUCCUGUCAGUCACCGGAGAGCUCACUCUCUCCCUGUUCUAAUGAGCGAGCGCAGGUCGACAAUCACUUCUAGCGUCCUCCAGAACAUCCCAUGUGCAUCCUGGUUACAGCCAGAGGGACUGUGUGCCGUAUGAUCGCCAUGUGUAAGUCAUGGCGCCUUCAUUCAGCUCAACUAAAACCUUGUCCUCUCUCACAGAGUCUCUGGGGCGAUACUCUGGAACUGCUCCACAUGGAGCCAGUCAGGACUCUGGGGGAGCCUCCUCUUCACCGUCGCCAGGGAAAGACCUUUAUGGAGCUUCGGUCUUCCUGGGUCCCACCUCAGAGCAUUCAGCAUCCCCUUUCACACCGUGCGUUUCCUGCAGUGAGUCUUCAAAGGUGGGUCUCCUGGGGGAGCCAGAGAGCCCUGAAUCUCAACUCCGCAGUCAGACGUGACUCUCAGCCAGCGUAAAACAGAAGAUUUAUUAGUCAACAGGUACACAGCGUAGAACAGAACUGGUUAGCACAGAAAUCAGUGACUUCAGCCAAGUUCAUCUUGGGGGCACCCUUGGCCAUUCCAGCCCCCCACAGCAGACUGCCCUCGACCCCACUGCCUGGCCUCCAACACUCCUAUUACUCCUCCUCCCAUCUUUGUCCAGCUUCCUGGGAAAGUGUCACCUGGUCGCAUCCCCAUCUUGGGUCUGGGGUUACGAAGGGCAUCGGCCAUCAUCUACCUGCAGACUACUGAGCAGCCUCCCCUGCCCCAAGGGGCUCAGCGAAAGUCACACACCCAGUUCCCACCACCUAGUCAUUGAUGCGGUACACAGGGAAACUGAGGUACACACAGUAUUAGUAUAGGACAGUAAGACUCAUAUGCAACAUAACAAGGGGGGAAAACCCCACUUCGUCACAGCUCCAGCUGAAUCAGUUCUGUUCCCGGAAAUUGCGCGUCCAGCGUUGACACCUCCCAGGUGAUUGUUUGGCUGCAAUGAUUUGCUUUACCAGUUGGGGUGUUGUCAGGGUGACAGACGUUCACCUCCUGGACUCCCACAUCUCUUUUGUAUGAAGCGUCUCCCGAAUAACCAACCUCAGGCCUCCUUCAGCUUGUCCCAUGCAGUCGUUUCUCAAGCAGCCAGACCUGCCAGCACUACAGUUUUUCUUGAAGAGCAGCAACGUGCGUGUUUCUCCCCCUACAGAACUUUCCCAGCUUCCCAGAUGCGGUUCGGGUGCCCGCUGAAUUCCAAGGCACAGUGUUAAAUGUGGCAGUAGCAUGGUUGUUGACACCUUCCCAGAGGCCACAAGAGGUGACGAGUCAGUUUCUCUGUAUGCAGUAUCCCCACGGUUUCCAAACUCUCUUCUGAAGCUUCUGGGGGUUAGAACAGAGUGUUCUCUCCAUUGCCUGCCGCGUGGCAUGGUCUAUUCCACUCUGUGACUAAGCUGGCAUGGGCCAGUCAAAACGACCCAGGCCCCUGGCAAAGAAGGGGCCAGGUCUUUUGUCAUCAGCCAGCCAGGAAACAAGGUGUCAUCUUCGCGGCUUCUUGCAACAUUAUCUCUCUGCACAAGUCGUCUUGUGCCAUCCCUGCUGGUGUAAGACAGGUUGGGCAACAGCAUUUGCGUAAGACUCGCUCGGCCACACGUCCUCUGGCCACGCAUCCUCCUGCUGGUGGCUUAUCUUCACUCAGUGACUGACUUCCGCAGGCCCCUCUGCGCUGGGCUCCUCUGGCCAGCUGGCCCCACCCUGGUGUGCGUCCGUCCGUCAGCGCGCUCAGCUGGCAGCAGGAGUGAUUAGAUUGCCGUUAAUCCCAUCCCUCUCUUGGAGGGCUCUUCCCUUGUUUGGCAGCUCGUCACACUGCUGCUUGAUCCAACGCAGGCCAUGGACUCCCGGCCACUGUUCCAGGCCCUGCAUGUUGUGGCCGAGGACAACGCGGCCUUCUUCCGGCAGAGCGCCUCAGAGAUGGGGCGCCGGUUCGUGGCAGCCUUCACGGCCAUCCGGGAGCAUGCCCGCUGCCUGGAGCCGGUGCUGCGGCACUUCGCCAGCAUCUACCACGUCUUCGACCUGGACGAGGCCACGCAGGCCAACGGGUACCGCAGCCUGGCACAGACGGCGCGCUGCUGCCUGGCCCAUGUGCUGCACAAGAGCCGCUAUGUGGCUGCCAACCGUCGCAGCAUCUUCUUCCGCACGGGCCACAACGUGGCCGAGCUGGAGGCCUAUUGCACCGCCCUGAGCCAGCUGCGGGCCCUGCUGUACCUGGCGCAGCGCCUGCUGACCCACAACCACCCCGGCUGCCUCUUCCACCAUGAGGAGCACGGCCUGACCGAACUGGUGCUGCAGGAGUACGGCACCCUGCACAAGGGCUGCUUCUACGGGCGCUGCCUGGGCUUCCAGUUCGCCCCCUCCAUCCGGCCCUUCCUCCAGACCAUCGCCAUCAGCCUGGUCUCCUUCGGGGAGAACUACAGACGCCACGACUCCAGCCUCAGCAUGGCGGCCGGCUCGCUGUUCACCUCAGGGAAGUUCGCCAUUGACCCAGAGCUGCGGGGAGCCGAGUUCGAGAGGAUCACGCAGAACCUUGACGUGCAUUUCUGGAAGAGCUUCUGGAACCUGACUGAGACUGAGCUGCUGGCUUCUGUGGCCAGCAUGGCAUCCACGCAGGUGCGGGUGAGCCGGGCGCUGACGGUGCCCCCUGAGCCCUUUGAGCUGCCGCUGGCUGCCGACCCCUCACUGACCGUCACCAUCAGCCCCCCAGUGGCACACACUGGCCCUGGGCCCAUCCACAUGCGCCUUAUCUCCCACGAGCUGCGGGAGGGACAGGACAGCGAGGCCCUGAGCACGCUGGCCCAGGCCGAGGGCCCGCUGGGGCUGGAGCUGUGGCGCAAGGCUGCACCCGCGCCCCCCUCGCCCCUCCUGCUGGUUCACUUCCACGGCGGCGGGUUCGUGGCACAGACAUCCAAGUCCCACGAGCCGUACCUGCGGGGCUGGGCGCAGGAGCUGGGCGCCCCGGUGCUCUCCGUCGACUACGCCCUGGCUCCCGAGGCCCCCUUCCCACGCGCCCUGGAGGAGUGUUUCUAUGCCUACUGCUGGGCCCUGCGCCACUGCCACCUGCUGGGCUCCACGGCGCAGCGGGUGUGCCUAGCCGGGGACAGCGCCGGCGGGAACCUCUGCCUCACCGUGACCAUGCGGGCGGCUGCCUUCGGCAUCCAGCUGCCCGACGGCAUCAUGGCGGCCUAUCCUGUCACCCUGGUGCGGGCUGCGGCCUCACCCUCCCGCCUGCUCACCCUGCUCGACCCCCUGCUGCCCCUCAGUGUGCUCUGCAAGUGCCUCAGCGCCUACGCCGGCACGGAGCCGGCGGAGGGCGAGCCCCCCGGGCUGGAGAAGCUGAGCCCAGUGAACAUGGUGCGGCGGGAUACCGCGCUGCUGUUACAGGAUCUGCGGCUGAGCGCCUCAGCCUGGCUGGGGGCGCUGCUGGAUGCUCCGGGGCGCAGCGACAGGGCCGGUGCAGAAGCCGUGCGGAAGAGCGUCUCGGAGGCAGCGCUGGACGAUGACUCAGGUGUCAAAUCCAGGGGCUCUCGCAAGAGCCAGACCUGCCAGGAUCUAUCGUACGGGGUAUCAGCCCCCCCAACCCCUGCACCUGCCCCCGCACCCCAGGACAGCCCCCCCAGCUUCUUCUUGAGUGGGGGGCAGCUGGAGGCAGAGCCCCCUGGGGACGAGAGGCUGCAGUAUCCCGACGGCUUUGAGCCGCUGCGCUCAGACCAGCCCGCUGCCAGCAUCACCCUGGAGGCAUCGCCCGUGGUCAAGAACCCCUUCAUGUCGCCCCUGCUGGCCCCGGACUGCAUGCUGCGAGGGCUGCCACCGGUCCAUAUCGUGGCCUGCGCCCUGGACCCCAUGCUGGAUGACUCAGUGAUGUUCGCUCGGCGGCUGCGGGAGCUGGGCCAGCCGGUGACCCUGCAGAUCGUGCAGGACUUGCCGCACGGCUUCCUGAGCCUCUCCCAGCUGUGCCGCGAGACCCGCCAGGCGGCCGCACUCUGCACCCGCAUCAUCCGUGAGAUCCUGCUGCCCCCAGAGCCCGCGCCGCCCACUGCCCCACCCUCGCCCCGCAAGCAUCGCAAGCUGCAGCGCACACCGCCCUCGGGGGCGGCCACGGGCCGGGAGAGCAGGACCACAGGCCAGGCGACCACGGGCCUCACCACGCCCAGCCUCAAGAGUCCUACCACAGCUCCCUUGGAGCCCAGCCCUGGCCAGGGGGGUCGGGCCACAGUGGAAACCCCCAACAGGCAGGAGCCGGGCUCCCAGGGCGGCCCGGCGGGCAGGGAGGUGGGGGCCUGAGCCCCCUGGCCGGGGCUGGGAUUUGCUGGGAGCCCCUUGGUGCUUUUCUUUCUGUGCCUCCCAGGUGGGGGAGGAGGGGAGGGGCCCAACCCUGAGAGCCUGGCUGCAUCCCCCCCCACAGCCCCUGGGCACUGGUUUGUAAUGGUUUAUGCUGGACAGGCAUUUGCUGCUGUCUGUAGCCUGCGGGGGAGGUGUCUCCCGUUCCCCAGCCGCUCACCUUCAGGGGGCCUGGCCCCUCCUGGGCUCCCACACACCAACACUGCACUGGACGGGCGCCCCUGCACUCCAAGGGAUGCUCCAGGUGCCAGGCCUGAGCUGAGGGUGCAGCUCCUGACCCCCCCCCUUCUGCCACCCCCUACUCCUGGGGGGUGGGAAGGGAGCUGUCUAACCCCCUCCUUUCCCUGUGUGCACUGGGGGGGUACUCCAGCCCAUCUGCUCACCCUCCAAACUACUCACCCUCCUCCCUGCUGCUGCUGUGAACCAAAUGAAGGGUUAGGGGUGCACUCCCUUUUGGGGGGCUCUAAGGACCCCCAUCCACAACCUUCAGUUUUGUAAAUAAAAGGCUGUUUGAUAUUGA